GCGUAAUUUUGAUUAAAUACCCGAUAUAGUCUUUUAAAUUGUAGACGAAGAUUCUUUAUAAAGGGCCAAUUCUUUUAUGUGCAAUUUCAAGCCACAAUACUUUACUUCUCCCAUAUUUUUCUGCUUUUGUAAUUAGGGUUUUCUACUCCUAAAGGACAGACGUUUAAUUUAACGCCACUUUAUAUAAAAUUUAUCUCCCUUUGAUUUGAAAUGAAAUACAAUACACUUCGGUUAAAAUCAAAUAUAUUAUUACUUCCAAAUGAAUUAUUAGCGGAAAUUUGUGAGAAUUUAUCGCCGCAAGAUCUGUAUUCACUUUCUUCAGUAUGUAAAGAGUUAAGGCAUUUUUUAUGGUCAGAUAAAUCAAUUAUUACACAGCAAGUUUGGCGUAUUUCUCGUAAUAAAUUUUAUCCCAAUCUAAAAUCUAUUCCACUUGUUGGUAUGAGCGAACAACAAUAUGUCUGGUUUACGGUUUUAGCUAAACAAUGCCAAUUUUGUAAAGAAAGUAAUAAAAAUUUAUUGAAAAGAUAUUGGGAAUUUCAAAUUAUUUGCUGUGAUGAAUGUCUAAAUAAGCGAAUUGAAAGUCGUCAAACACUUGUGACAAAAUAUAAUGUACCUGAAGAUGUAUUAUCAACUUGUUUAAGUUUAGGAAAUAGAGGUUAUUUAUUAUCACAUAUAAAAUCUGCUCAAAUGGAAUAUUCAAAGGCUAUAGAUAAAGAUUCUUGGGUUACACAUAAACAAAUGGAAAUUAUAAAUCAAAAAUGUAUAAUAAUUUCCAUAUUAUUUGAUGAGUUUCGUUCCGAUUAUAAGCCAAUGACAACCAUUUCGUAAUAGAUUUGUAUAAUUAGAUUGUAAAAUAUUUUACUUCAUAGACUUUUAUUAGGAGACAUUAAUUCACAUAGAUAAUAGAAACAAUAAUGAUAAAAAUGUAAUAUUAUUAUUUACACAUUGUAAUUGGAGUAAUUGUAAGAUAUAAUUAAAGUAACUUUACAAGAAAAUAGUUAUAUUUCUAAAAGUUUGGUAAUUUCUUCUAGUUCUAACAAAUCAAUAUCCAUAAUAAUCUGGAUCAUAGCUUGACAUGUGGAGUUACCUAUAUAAUUUAUUUAAUUAUAGACCAAAUUUUUAAAUAAUAUUAAAAAUAUUAAUUUAUAGUAUAUUAACAUUAUAAUCAUAUAAUAAAAAUAAUAAAAUUAAUUAAAAAGGACAAGAUUUUGGAAAUUCUAGCUAUAAAGUAGCAUAUGGAAUUUAGAA